UGAGAGAGGAAGUAGUCUUCUAGUUUAGAACAGGAGUGUCCACCCGCCAACUACAUACAAAUGCAGAGGCAGACACCUAAUGCGCUGUCACACUCUUUGUCAUUCAUUUCAUAUCGGUUACCUCCUUCUCUCUCUCUCUCUCUCUCUCUCUCUCUCUCUCUCUCCCUCUCUCUCUCUUUGACAGUAACUUCAACUCGCUCUGAACAAACUCACACUCUGCACCACUUUUUACACCAACCGUUCGAACGAAGCAGCUUUCGCUUGGAUUGCUGUCAUCAGCAUGGAAAAGAAAGCUGACGUAAAAGCCAUGUUGGCUCGCUUCCAAGCGGCCGGGGCGAGCGUUGAUGAGACUUCUUCCUCGCCGGCGGUGCAACUCAAACAGCCCCUGAAACCCACCCUCUCCACCGGCCCCGCCGCCCCGACCAAGAAACCCGUCUCGGAGAGCAACUUGGGCGGCGCGAUGAAUGCCACCCCGAAACCCAGUUUUCUGAAACCUAAAAACGACGUUGAGUCACAUGAACCAAACAAAGCUAAAGCGCUGGCCAGCCGGUUUGGAAACGUCCAGGAUGACAGCAACGCAAAGCCCACCUUUGGUAACAAACCCUUGAAGUCACCUCUUUCACAGGCUCAUGAGGCUAAGAGCCCUCUUUGGAAGCCCCCGAUCACUCCGGCUGACUCUAAACCUGCUUUCCCCAAACCGUCGGCGGCAUUUAACUCCAAGCCAAGCUGGGUGAAGGAAGACAGCGGUGGGGGUUCACCAAAACCACCCAGCAGCUCCAUUGUGAAAAUGCGGCUGCAGAGUGAAGAGACGGCCGAGGGCGGCACAAACGCUGCCAACAAACCCUCGCCACCGCCGAGCUUCGCUUUAAAGCCCGCGUCCAACUUCAAGGCGGCUCAGGGCAACUUCGGCAAGGAGCCGGAUAGGGACGGGAAAGCAGACGGCGCCAACAAACCCACCCUCGGCCUUGCUAACAGCGUCCCUCCCCCGAAACCGCCUCCCAGUAAAAAGCCUAGCCUGAAGAAACCUCAUAACUUCUCUGCUCAUAAUAGCAGCAAUGUCAGUGAGGAUGCAUCAGGCCCCAAGCGUAACCCCCUGCCCAACAGUCUGGCUCUGGGCCCUCCUCCAGCCAAGCCCAACCGACCCCUCAAAGUCAACCUGGAGAGCUUCAAACCGGGUGCGGUGGCCUCUGGUCAUGGUCCCGGUGGCUUUAAGAAACCAAUCAUCUCAACACCUCUGGCCUCUAACCCCAAUAAGGACAACAACCAUGUGACCUCAACUAAAUCUCCCCAGGCUCCAAUUCCAAGUCUGCCCCCACGACACCCCGGAGCCAUGUCCCAGCAGGAAGAGUGCUAUGACGACAUUGAUCACCUUGAGUUAAACAGCGCUCCUCCGCCUCUACCACCAUCGACAGAUCAUCCAAGUAACAGGGCAAAGGCCCAGGAGGAAGAUGGUGAUAGUAGUGACGGAGAUAUGUACGAGGCGCUUGAUGAACGAUGGGAAGUGGUCGAACAGCAACAAGAAAAGAAGAAGGACAAAGAGGACAAGGAGGAGAAAAAAAGACUGGAAGCUGAGAAGAAAGAGCAGAAGGAACGUGAGAAGAGGGAACAGGAUGCCAGAAAGAAAUUCAAAUUGUCCGGCCCUCUGGAGGUCGUCCACCAAGGGAAGGCGCUUGUGGAUUGCCGGGGCAAUAAGAGCGACCUCGCUCUGAAGCAGGGAGACAGUGUGGACAUCAUCCGUGUGCAGGGAAACCCAGAGGGAAAGUGGUUGGGACGGACGCAGGAUGGAUCCAUCGGUUAUGUGAAGACCACUUCAGUAGAAAUUGACUUUGACAUGCUGAAGAAACAUUCAACUCAGCUGGCGUCCGACCCCGAGAUUUACGAUGACAUCGACGUGGCCGUUCCUGAAAAAAGUGGGAUGAAAGGACCAGGAGUUGUCCUUCCUCCGCCACCAGGAGAUGAUGGAGAAAUAUAUGACGAUAUCCUUGAUCCAAACGUGGAAUCCAGUACCCUGGAGUCUAGGUCUUCUCCUGUGAAGCCUCAUAGCUUCCUACGGAGGUUUGACCGGAGCAGACGUCCUUUCAGCACUAAAGUAUUGCCGCCCCCAAGCCUCCCCCAAGCCGCAGAAGGGAAUUCAGAUCACGUAGGAGCAAUCGAUGAGGAGAUAUACGACGAUGUUGACUCUCAAAAUCUGCCUCCGCUUCCUCCCAUCAGCAGCAUUCCACUGAGAGGAAAAAGCAAGACGGAAGAGUUGGACCCGAAGAAGCAGAAAAAGUUUGAGAAAGAGGAGAAGGACUUCAGGAAAAAGUUUAAAUAUGAAGGCCAGAUACAGGUGCUGUACCAGGUGACCAUCUCCCAAACACUUACCAACAAGAAGUGGGGUGCAAAAGAGCUUUCAGUCAAAGCAGGAGAGAAACUUGAUGUCAUUGUGAAAGCCGUAGAUAACAAGCUGAUCUGUCGUAAUGACGACGGCAAGUUCGGCUACGUAUCGACCAGCCACAUUGAUUUUGAUGGAGACAUCUACGAUGAUAUUGGAGACGGCAACGAUUGCAUCUAUGACAACGAUUAGAAACAUCCUGCAAUGGUUUUUCUUUUUUGAUUUAAAUUGAUAGUGUUCUUCUUAUUUAUUAUGUUUAUCAAUAAUACUCAUUUUUGAGGGAGUUCGCCUGAGCAUCAUACAUAAUUGUCAUUUUUAGUUCAUUAUUUAUUAAUGAGCAUAAUGACCAUUUUAAUUUCAAUAAAAUGAAACAAUUUU